UAUCACAUCUGUCUGGAAGCAACACAAUAAAAGAAACCAUUAAGCCCGAGUGGGGCUUCUCGGACCGCGACCAACAUGUCCGGUGAGCACUGAGUGCUGUUGUGAUUUCUGAUUUGAUAUUUCAUCGCGGCCGUUGAAUAAGGGUCUUGCGUCUAUCUGAAGUCUCCAGCGAGCGAGGAAGAUGGCUGCCAUGAAGAUUUUAACCAGUACUGGACUGUUUUUGGCGUUUUGUGCAUUAGGAUUGUUAGCAAUGGCCAUCUGUACUGACUAUUGGUACGAGACGGAUGCGAGGAGGCAUCGGGAACGGUGUAAGAAUUAUGCCAACAAGAGAACUGACCCUGGAUACAUUUACAUUUCCAACCUUCCCCUCCGAAUGCCUCCGAACGAUAUCAAUAGAAAAGGGAAAGGGGUAAGUGUCGAAGCCCUACCGCGGGCUAAGCGGCACUUCAUGGCCUCUGCCUCAGCAAUGGAGUCUCACUGCAGUCGGCAGUUCAACUCCACCAUCUCCGGGUUGUGGAGAAAGUGUCAUCGAGAGGGAUUUGACCUGGAGACUGAAGACCUCAUCUAUAAAGGGUUGAUUCAGCGCUGCACUCCAGUGAAGUAUCACUACUCCUCAUCCACUCUGCCCCGGAACCUCCCCGUCAACAUCACCAAGACCAUCCGUCAGGACGAGUGGCACGCGCUCCAUCUGAGGAGAAUGACGGCCGGCUUCAUCGGCAUGGCGGUGUCCAUCAUCCUCUUCGGCUGGAUCAUUGGGGUGCUGGGCUGCUGCAAGCAGCAUGAUCUAAUGCAGUACGUAGCAGGCCUACUGUUCCUCAUGGGAGGAACAUGCUGCAUUAUCUCCUUGUGUACCUGCGUGGCGGGGAUCAACUUUGAACUGUCGCGUUACCCACGCUCCAUGUAUGGGCUGCCAGAGGAUAUCAGCCAUGGGUAUGGUUGGUCCAUGUUCUGUGCCUGGGGCGGGCUGGGUCUCACUCUGCUGGCUGGAUUCCUUUGUACAUUAGCGCCUUCCCUGAACAGCCCCCGCACAAUGGUGCACAAGCCCAGGCCGGAGAACGGCACCGUGUGACAGCACCGCGGAGACGCACAAGCAGCCGGUGCCCCCCUCCCCCACCUCUCUCUCUCCUUCGCCCCGUUUGUCUUUCCUCUCCUUCAAGACAUUGAAAAACAAAGUGACCUGGACAGCUACGAGGAGGGAAACCGUGUCGCCAAACCUCCGCAUCAUCUAGACGUGUACAGAUCGGUAGUGCCCGGUUCUCACCGGGGUUCUGCUGUUCAGCACAAUCCGAACAAGGCCUUUUCUCACUUUAAAAACCAAGUGGGAGCGGCUCACUUUUUUAUUUAUUAAUUAAUUAAUUUAUUUAUUUAUUCUUUUUGGAAAGGGAUUUGUGUUGCAAUGGUGCUCCAAAGUUUCUCUUUAAUAUUUUUGCCAGGAACUGAUGAAUCUUUCAGUAUUCAAAAACUGAACUAAAGAACAGAACAAAAAAAAAAAAAAAAAAACAUAUAUUAUGGCAGUAAAUCCUGUCAGAUUGUUCUUUUCGUCGGGUGACCUGUUCCGUGUUUAUUAAUGCUCGCAGAAUACACGAAAAAAAGAAAUGAAUUAUGCUGGCAUAAACUGUGUAUUGUUUAAAAUAUCUUAAAGGACUUAAUAUAUUGCUUGGAGUUGAUUGGGAUCUGGGUGCUUGGCGGCCGUAGCUGCCUCGGCCAGCCCCCUGCAGUGGUAUUGCGGAAGCGGAAUAUAAAAAGCACAAAAUGGAAACGGGAAGACUGGAACUGAACAAAUAUAAAGAUUGAAAUGUGUUUUCAGCUUUUAAGAGUAACAUUUCAGUGCUUCUAAGAUACAGUAUGUGUAAAUGCAUUUCUAUGUAGAAGCGGGUCUCCGUUUAUAGUUCUUGUAUAAAGAAUGUUUUUUUUCCAUUUGUUAUGAGGUAAUCCUAAAUAUAAGGCAGUCUGGAUAUUUAGUGGCUUGGGUAGAUGGAGAUAUGUGUGCCCUUUGGGGUUGAAGUAAACAUUUUCUCAAGUCAUUUUUUUUUUUUUAACAUGGAUCGAGCAUGAAUUUUGAGCUCCACCUGUGAUGUAAAUGUGGGGAAAAAACGUACGUUUGGCUAUGUUUACGAACUCCCUCUCCCCAUCCUCAUUCUCUCAAAUUUAGUCUGAGAAGUUUCAGAUGAGAAACUCAUCUUCUCUUAUAUAUAUAUAUAUGAUACUCAGUGUGGCCAUAUGAAGGCCCCAACAGCAGUAGUGGUCACACUAUGAAAAAGGAUAAAAAAGAUGCAGCAUCAAGGACAGUCUGGAACUCAGCCCAUCAGCAACUUGGGACAGCUACACAAUAACAGAAAAUGUCCAAUGAUCAAUUGGAUUUACAGUGACAAACAAAUCUCUGCAAGUGUUGAUAUGGGGUAUAGCACAUUUGAGAAAGCCAUGAUUUUGGAUAUUCAUGUAUGUCCAUGAGAACAGAUGGUAUCUACUUCCAAUAUUUGGCCCAGAAACCAACUUGGAGAUGACCCACCCACUAAUGCGCAUGUUCAUCAAUUGCAGACACACAGCAUUGUCCUCGGAAGAGUAGUUAAAGGGUACACCCUUAAGUAACGAAAUGUUCACUAAUAGGAUCUUUUUCUUUGAACAAUAGGGUGAGAAAUAAUAGGGGUUCCCAAACUGUGGGUCGCUCGAUGUCAGGAUGGGGUCGACUGAAAAUCUUUAAAAUUUAACUUUUGUCUCUUUAAAAUAUGUGAAUGUAGGCCACUACAUGUUUAACAUUACAAUAACCCAACUAUUAUAAAUCAAUGAGGCAGGA